UUACAUAAUAUACGCCAGUAAUAUCCAUUUACAUUUUUCGCCAAAACCCUAGCAUUUGCUUAACACAUUUUUAUCGCCUCACACUCUCUGUUUUCACUUAGUUUCUGAUUCUUCACUUUCAUUACUUCAAACUCUCUCAGCGAUGAGACCUCCAAGAGGCCGUGGUGGUGGUGGGUUUAGGGGCAGAGGUGAUGGUGGAAGAGGGAGAGGAAGAGGAGGUGGUGGAAGAGGUGGUGAUAGGAGGUGAUGGCAUUCCAAACCAAUUGAAACUAGCAGCAAUGGCCAUCGAUUUGAACGUCCGCCUGAGAUCCGCCGAUAUGCCUCUCGCAAUGCAAGAGCGAGCUAUCCGGAGAGCCAGAGCUUUAGUCGACGCUAACAACCCAGGAAUUUGAUGCGUUGUACGGACCGGCAUGGCAUUGCAUAGUGGGGAAGAGUUUUGGGUCGUUUGUGACGCACGCCGGCGGAGGAUUCUUGUACUUCUCGGUGGACAAGCUUUGUUUAAACUCCUGAAAAAGAGGUUAUUUGCUCAUCAGCAGGAAAUCAUGCCCAAGGGGUUGCAUUGGCUGCCAGGAAGCUUGGUUGCAAUGCUGUUAUCGCUAUGCCUGUUACAACUCCUGAAAUUAAGUGGCAAUCUGUUGAGAGGUUGGGUGCAACUGUUGUUCUCGUUGGAGAUUCUUAUGAUGAGGCACAAGCAUAUGCUAAAAAGCAGGCUAAAGAGGAAAGUCGUACCUUUAUACCCCCUUUUGAUCAUCCAGACGUUAUUAUGGGACAAGGUACUAUUGGAAUGGAGAUUGUGCGCCAAAUGCAAGGCCCAUUGCAUGCAAUCUUUGUUCCCGUUGGUGGUGGUGGGCUCAUAGCUGGCAUUGCUGCUUAUGUAAAGAGGGUUUCCCCAGAGGUCAAGCCCCAGCUGGUUUGUUUGUACCCUUUUACAUCAACGAGUAGUGCAACGCAAAGAAAUAUCAAGCAACAAUACGACCAGCUUGUUAAGUGUCAUGGAAACAAAGGAUUGACAUUAGCUCAGAACACUCUUGCAGGUUUUACAAAGCUAUCAUCCACAUUGAGUAAUUUAGAGAUGCUUGACUUAAAAUACAAUUACUUGAAUGAUAGCAUUCUGCUAUCUCUGAGUGAGCUUUCAUCUCUUCGAUAUUUAGAUCUAUCAUACAAUCGAAUUGAAGGAUCAAGUCAUUCAAGAGGAUUAUGAGUAUGCAAGUUAUAAUCCUGUUGCCUUUGAUAUUGCAAAUCACUUCUGUGAGAUGGCUGCCGAUUAUACACAGAUACACCCCAUGUUAUGGAUUAUAGUAAAUAUCCAGCUUAUUAAGAGAGUAAGAUGGCAUCCACUUUCACAGCCAUGUCAUCAGUUGGGUCAUUCGUUGCAUCUAAUGGUUUGGCCAUAAAAUAAUUUAUGGUUUUGCUCAAUCAAGUGACCGAGAUUCCGUUUAACAAUUUUCUUUAUUGCUGGAACAAGUCUUAACCAAGAUCAAGAUCAAAGUACUUCACUAAGUUAUAUAUGCAGGCAUUGCAAUACUUUGGCUUCAUCUAAGCUUGAGCCAGCCUUCUGUUGUAUAUUAUUUCUUCUUCUUUUUUGAUCUUUUUCCUUUGAUUAAUGAGAGGUGAUGAUGAUUUGGCAUUAUCUUUUCACCAGGAUGAAUUUUGUUUUGUAAUUGUAAUACUUUGUGUGUAUUUUUUUGUAUUAAAUUACAUAUUGAAUCAAUAUUUAUGUAUUAAA